ACUAUAUAGGAAAUACUUUAUAAGAUGUUAGAAAUGGCUUUGGUAUACUACUAUGUAAAAAUAAUAGUUUUUAUGAUGGUUUUUGGAAUUAAAAUAUUUUUCAUGGCGAAGGUUUUUAUAUUAAUGAUUGUGGAAAUUAUAUUAAAGGUUAUUUUAAGAAUGGAAUGCUAGACGGGUAGUGCAUAUUAAAAAAAAUCGAUAGUGGAUUAUACAUCGGAUAGAUGAAAAAAGGAGAAAAAUAUGGAUAUGGAGAAGAAUCUACAAGCAUAGGAAUGAAUUAUAAAGGUCAGUUUGAAAACGGUAAAAUGAAUGGAAUUGGAGACUAUACAAUUUUAAAUAAUUAUAUAUAUAAUGGAUAAUUUAUAAACGAUUAAAUUGAAGGAUAUGGAACUUGUGUAUGGUAAACAGGUAAAAUAUAUAAAGGUUAAUGGAAAAAUAAUAAAAUGUAAGGAAAGGAGAAUUUACAUGGCCAAAUAGAAAAAAAUUAUAAUUUGAUGGGUAUGGAUAAUUUACGCGGUAAAAUGGAAUAUCUUAUAAUGGAAUGUGGGAAAAUGGAAAAAUGCAUGGAUAAGGGAAAAUUAUUAGUGAUGAAGGAAUUUGCUAUAUCAAUUAGUGUCCAAAAGGCUCAAAAUAAUAAUAGAAAAACUGGAAAAACAGGAAAAGCAGGAAAAACUGGAAAAACAGGAAAAACAGGAAAAACAGGAAAAACAGGAAAAACAGGAAAAACAGGAAAAACAGGAAAAACAGGAAAAACAGGAAAAACAGGAAAAACAGGAAAAACAGGAAAAACAGGAAAAACAGGAAAAACAGGAAAAACAGGAAAAACAGGAAAAAUAAGAAUAAAUAGAAAAUAAAGUUAAAAAAGAAUAAAUAGAACAAAUAGAAAAAUAAAAAAUUGA